AUGGCUGCUUCCGAAGGGGUUGUCCCCACCAAGAUCGAGGCCGACGAGAAGGCCACCGGUGGCCUUCCUGGCUAUGAAACUGGCAGUGGCCAGGAGAUCCGAGGAGAUAUCAGCGAGGAAAGUUGGGCAACACGCAGUGGCCUGAACUUGAAGUCCUUCACAAAGCGCGAUUAUGGCCGCGGCAUCGUCGAGCUCGACCGUUCCAUGAGCUCUCGCCAUCUCCACAUGAUCGCUAUCGGUGGAUCCAUUGGUGCUGGCUUCUUCGUCGGUUCCGGCGGUGCUCUGAGCAAGGGUGGUCCGGGAUCGGUUUUGAUCGACUUCCUUAUCGUCGGCAUCAUGAUGUUCAACGUCGUGUACGCUCUGGGUGAACUCGCUGUCAUGUACCCCGUUUCCGGUGGCUUCUACACAUAUUCGUCUCGUUUUAUCGACCCUUCCUGGGGUUUCGCCAUGGGCUGGAACUACGUCUUCCAGUGGGCUAUCGUACUGCCGCUUGAGCUGACUGUCUCGGGUCUUGUUGUGGCCUACUGGAAUGACAGUAUCAGCGUCGCUGUCUGGAUCUCACUCUUCCUGGUCGUCAUUGUCGUCAUCAACAUUUUCGGAUCCAUUGGAUAUGCUGAAGAAGAGUUUUGGUCGUCCUGCCUCAAGCUCUCGGCCACCGUCAUUUUCAUGAUUAUCUGCCUCGUCCUCGUCCUUGGUGGCGGACCUAAGAGCGGUAGAUACAGCGAGUACCAGGGCGCAAAGUUAUGGUAUGAACCCGGUGCAUUCCGCAACGGCUUCAAGGGAUUCUGCUCCGUCUUCGUCACGGCCGCUUUCUCCUUCUCCGGUACCGAGCUGGUCGGUCUCGCUGCCGCUGAGGCGAAGAACCCUGUCAAGACGCUCCCCGGAGCCAUUAAGCAGGUGUUCUGGCGUAUCUCGCUCUUCUACAUCCUGGGCCUCUUCUUCGUCGGUCUGCUGAUCCCCUCCAACGACCCCGCGCUGCUGUCCGAGUCAGCCUACUCCGACGUCAAGGCUUCUCCCUUCGUGUUGGUUGGCAAGUACGCCGGUCUCGUGGGCUUCGACCACUUCAUGAACGUGGUCAUUCUCGUCUCUGUUGUGUCAAUUGGUGUGUCGGGUGUCUACGGUGGUUCGCGCACCCUCACCGCGCUGGCCCAACAAGGGUAUGCGCCCAAGAUCUUCACGUACAUCGACAAGUCAGGACGUCCUUUGCCAUCCGUCAUAGCCGUCAUCAUCUUCUCGCCGUUGGCGUACAUCAACCUCAGCGCGAGCGGCCCUGUUGUGUUUGACUGGCUUCAGGCUCUCUCUGGUCUGGCCGCGGUCUUCACCUGGGGAUCUAUUUGUCUGGCGCAUAUUCGCUUCCGCAAGGCGUGGGCGUACCACGGCCACACGGUUGACGAGAUUCCGUUCAAGGCCAUUGGCGGCGUUGCAGGCUCCUGGAUUGGUCUGAUUUUGUGCUUCGUCGUGCUUGCUGCUCAGUUCUAUACUGCCAUCGCGCCUCCCGGCACCAGCAAGCUUAACGACGCUGAAGGCUUCUUCAAGGCAUACCUCGCUCUCCCCGUUGUUAUCGCUUUCUGGCUCGGUGGCUUCCUCUGGAAGCGCACUGGCUGGCUCCGUACCGCUCAGAUUGACGUCGACAGUGGCCGACGUGAGCUUGACUGGGAUGAGAUCCACGCGUACCGUGCACACAUGGCUUCACUGCCGGCGUGGAGACGCGCUCUCUCCAAGGUGUGGUAA